AUGUCCAAAACAUCCGAACAAAAAUGUAUGGAAAUUUUAAAAUCCACCGAAGAAGUGGCCGAUCAGGUUCUAGUCAAUAAACAAGAAUUAAUAAAUUUAGACCGUAGACGCCAGCAAAAUCGUGAAGCUAUACGUGAGCUAGAGAAAAAUACCGAAAAGCAAGAGAAAAAAGUAUGGACCACUAUUGGCAGUAUGCUGGUAAAAUUGGAUCGUCAAAAGGCUUUGGAACUAUUGAAAAAAGAUCAAACACAAAUUGAGCGUGAAAUAAAAAUUUUACAAUCGGAUCAAAAGAUUUUAGUUAAUAAACAUCGUGAUCUAGAGCAUUUCUCACCAUAUUCGGGUACAAAUAUAAAACCUUUAGAUCGUAAGGAAUUCAGUGCAUUAAAGGCUAAUUUACCAAUGUUGUGAAUUAUAGAAAUGAUGUUUUUUUUACUAUAAUUAAAGUACUUUUUUUAAGAAA